AGUGCCAUGGCCAGGGGCUCCACUCUCUUAGGCGGCUUUGCCUCCUGCGUGACUGGGCUUGGCCUUGGCCUGGGAGCUGGCGCCCCCCGCAGGAGUGGUGCUGGGGCUCUGCUGGAAUGAUGUUUGGGUCUCCGGCUGCACAGGGGCCACGUGCAGCCUUGUGGGAGCGUCAGCCCCUCGAGGGGCCCUGGCACUUGCUUGUGGGGCGCAUGGAGGCGCAGCUGCACACUUUCUCCUUCUCCCUCUGAGGUGGCUGGCUGGGAGCUGAGACAUGCUGGCAGAGCCAGGCCCUGCAAGACGCUGUGCAGAGAGCAACGGGCGGAAAGGGUUCCCAGGGCUCACAGCUCCUCCGAGCGAUGGGCGCGUCCGGCGCAGCAGUGGCUGCUACCCUCUCAACCCAGAGCGCCUCAAGCAGAGCAGGCUGUACGUGGAGAGAGCCGUCAAGCAAAGGAAGAUCUUCAUGCUGCAUGGCCCAUACCCUGUGAUCCGGAGACUGCUGCGCAGCCGGGGCUGGGUGGAGAAGAAGGCCCCCAAGGCGGCACACAGAUGGGAACGAGUGCCCGAGGGCGAGGAGGAUGGGGAGGGGGACGACAGCGACGGAGCCGAGGAGGACGAGGAGGGUGAGGAAGAGGAGGAGCAGGAUGAUGACCCUGAUGGCACCUACGACCUCAUGUCGCGGCUGGUUCGCAACCAGAUGCCCUAUUUCAUCUGGACUAACCGGCGAGAUGCAAUCGACUGCCGCUUCCUGCGCAAGGAGCAGGUGAUGAACCACUACGCCAAGGCGGGCUCCUUCACCACCAAGGUGGGGCUGUGUCUGAACCUGCGGAACCUGCCUUGGUUCGACCAGGCCGAUGCCGACACCUUCUUCCCCCGCUGCUACCGGCUGGGUGCUGAGGAUGAGAAGCAUGCCUUCAUCGAGGAUUUCUGGCUCACUGCUGCCCGGAGCAUCCUCAAAGUGGUGGUGAAAAGGUACUGGAGCUCAGCUGCCCGUGGGGUUGGGGCCGCGGCGGCUCCCGGUGCACAGGGGCCCAUGAAGGCCGGCGAGUCUGCAGAGUCCCUGAGAGGCACUGGCAGGAAGAAGGGCAGCCCCCUGCCACCGCAGCUCAUCGAGACGGCCCUGCAGGCCUGCGAGGAGCACCUGAGCAGCCUGACGCACCAGGAUAUCGACAGGGAGCCCGAGUCCCCUCUGUGCAUGAUGGGGGCCCACCAGGGGGACUUCCUGCGCGCCUACUACCAAGUGAUUCACGAAGGGGCACUCCUGGACCAGCUGAGCUCCCAUGUUGAACGGUGCGAGCACGUUCUGCAGCGCCUGGCCGAGGUGCUCCCACAGCUGGAGAUGGAGGGGGACCGCAAUAUCUGGAUUGUGAAGCCAGGUGCCAAGUCACGGGGCAGAGGAAUCAUCUGCAUGGACCGCCUGGAGCAGAUGCUGAAGCUGGUGGAUUGUGACCCUAUGAUUGUGAAGGGUGGCAAGUGGGUGGUGCAGAAAUACAUCGAGAGACCCCUGCUCAUCCAUGGCACCAAGUUCGACCUGCGGCAAUGGUUCCUGGUGACGGACUGGAACCCGCUCACCAUCUGGUUCUACCGAGACAGCUACCUCCGCUUCUGCACGCAGCCCUUCUCCCUGCACAACCUGGCCACCUCCAUCCACCUGUGCAAUAACUCCAUCCAGCGGCACUACGAGAACUCGCUGAGCCGCCACCCCCAGCUGCCCCCGGAGAACAUGUGGUCAUCGCAGCAGUUCCAGGCCCACCUGCAGCAGGCGGGGGCAGAAGGCGCCUGGCAGGAGGUGAUUGUCCCAGGCAUGAAGGCAGCCAUCAUCCACACCAUGCAGACCUCCCAGGAUGUGGUGGAGUUCCGCAAGGGCAGCUUUGAGCUAUACGGGGCAGACUUCAUGUUUGGGGAGAACUGCCAGCCCUGGCUGAUUGAGAUCAACGCCAGCCCCACCAUGGCGGCAUCCACGGCCGUGACCAGCCGGCUGUGCGCCAGCGUUCAGGAGGACACGCUCCGUGUGGUCAUUGACCGCAAGCAUGACAGCAGCUGCCACACGGGGGCCUUUGAGCUCAUCUACAAGCAGGUGGCUGUCGACGUGCCCCAAUACGUAGGCAUAAGCCUUUUGGUGGAGGGAUCCACUGUCAAAAAACCACAGCCUCCAAACCACAGACUCUCCCCCAGUGCCAGCCCCAGCGUGCCCAGCUGCCCGCAGCACUCCCCUCGUGGGCCCAGGCCCCUGGUGCCAGUCAGCGGCAAGGAGAACAGAGCCAGGGAGCUGGGGGCCACCAACAGGGCCUCUGCUGCAGCUGGCACCCGGCUGAAGCUGCCCAGCAAGGUGCGAGCAGAGCCAGGCAAGAAGAGGCUGCUGGAGCUGCACAGCACAGCCACCUCCCCACUGGGGGACAAGCUGGUGCCGCUGGGCCAGCCCAGGCUCUGUCCCAAGUGCAGCUCCCAGGUGCCAGGCCCCAGCCCCAGGGCACCCCCACAGCUCCAGCUCAGCAAGGCCAAUGGCCCGAAGGGGCAGCUGCACAUGCGGGACUUGCGCACCUUCCAGCUGGGCUGUGGGCACGCGGCUGCCCCUACUCGCCCCCCUGCCUGCUCUCCAGGGAAACCCAGUGUGCCAGAGCGCCAGUGGGGACAUGCUCAGGCUGCGCUGCGGGAGCGGCCCCCAGCCCCUCCUGCCAGGCCUGGCCAGCAGUGUGCCAGGGGCUGGCUACACAGGGCCCCCCACCCAGCCUCCGCCCCUGAGCUCGGGGCCUUGUACACGGCCGCGGGCAGGAGAAGGAAGCAGAAAAGAGACAGGAUGUGCAGGUGAUGGAGGGAGCUGCCCCUGGGGCUGCUGGCAGCAGUGAGGGAGUCAUGUCAGGGGCUGGUGCCCUCCAAUAAAGGGAUCAAGAGAAGGAGCUGGAGUUCGUGAUGUGGGCAGGAAAUGCAGCCUGGCACUGCCUUCACCCAAGGGGCGGCUGGCAGGGCUAGGGCCUGGGGGAGGGGGCCCUGGGGCCAGCUGCAGGCAGCACAGGUCCCACAUCUCAAAUGAGCCCCAGCCCAGGGGAGAGCCCCCCCUUUCCCCUGGCCUUUGGCACACAGGGUUGCUGCUUGGUUUCUCUGGCCUGUCUCCCCUUCCCACACCUGCCCAGCUCCAGAGCUAGUGCAGCACUCUGCCCUGUGCUGGGGAGCGGAGGGCAGAGCUGGGCACCACCCUGGAAGGAGGGCUGGGAGCUAGGCACUACCCUGGGCUGGGUUAUGGCA